AAAACGUGGGAUGCCCAACAACAUUACAAAUCAAUAUAAUAAUAAUAAAACACGUCACCCUUACAUCAUCACAAAACUUACGUGACGCGUAACUGCCGUUGACGACUAACCCUUUCACCUCACCCAAAUCACAAUCCCCCAUCCCCUAUAUAAAUCCCCCGUACCCCAACCCCUAACAAACACACACACAUACUCUCUCUCUCCCGAAACAAUACAUAAUGCAACAAGCAAUUCCUUACAAAGCAUGGCCGCUGCCGUUACCCGGCCGUCACGCCGGCGAUCAGAAACCGGCGACGCAGUUUCACGGAUCGGAAAAAGGCGCGGUGAGAGACGCCGUCUCAGAAAACGCCGUGAUCGUGUUGGCGCGGCGUGGAUGCUGUAUGAGUCACGUAGUGAAGCGGUUGUUGAACGGUCAUGGUGUAAAUCCUAGCGUCUUUGAGUUUGAAGAAGACGAAGAGAACGAUGUUGCGAAGGAGCUUGAGACGAUCGGAGCGGAACACGACGGUGAAAAUAAUCGGCGUGUGCAGUUUCCGGCGGUUUUUAUCGGCGGACGGAUGUUCGGAGGGUUGGAUCAGGUGAUGGCGACGCAUAUUUCCGGUGAAUUGAUACCGGCGCUUAAAAAAGCCGGUGCCUUGUGGCUUUGAUUAUUAUUUUGAGUUUCAGUUUGAGUUUGUUAGAGUUAAGUUUGGUUAGAUUUUUUUUUUUUUUUUGUAAUUAAUUGGGUAAAUGUUGAUUUUCUUUGACAUAAUUGUUAGAUGAUGAUGUUGGACGUUAUGGAUUGGGGCUUGUACGUUUCGUUGAAUAGGGAAUUAUAAGCAUUAAUAUAGAGACAGGUUGGCAAUGA